ACCUGCGCUGCUCCGCGCUGCUCCGCGUUCAACUCCGCGUUCAACUCCGUCCUUGCUCCCUCCGCCGCCUUUCCAUGGGGACGAAUUGGGGCUGCUUCCGCAGCCUCCCCUCCCUCGUCGUCUCCUUCCUCCUCCUCCUCCUCAUUCAGGCGUUGCCGAGCCAGUGCGAGGAGGCGGGAGGCUGCCGACCCGGCUUCGGCGCAGACAGCUACACGUUCACCGUGCCCUGGCCGCACCUGGAGCGGGGCCGAGUCCUGGGUUCAGUGAGUUUUGAUGGCUGCUCCGGAAGGAAGAGAACAGCUUACUUUUCUGAAGACACACGAUUCAAAGUGGCAACCAAUGGAGUGGUUGCCGUCAAGCGUCCCGUAUGGCUUCGUAAUUUAGAAAUGAGUUUCAACAUCCAUGCUUGGGAUGCCGCUGGCAACAAGCUCUCUACCAAAGUUACCCUGAAAAGAGCAGCACAAGGCCAUCACCACCAGGAGUCUUCUCCUGGAGAACAUUCGGAAGUGCUGCUGUUCCCUGAAUCCCACUCUGGUCUGAAGAGACAGAAGAGGGACUGGGUUAUCCCUCCCAUCAACUGCCCCGAGAAUGAGAAGGGACCGUUCCCUAAAAAUCUGGUUCAGAUCAAAUCCAACAGAGACAAGGAAACCAAGGUUUACUACAGCAUCACCGGCCAAGGAGCAGAUAAGCCUCCCGAAGGGGUCUUCACUAUUGAAAGAGAAACUGGGUGGCUGAAAGUGACAGAACCGCUGGACAGAGAAAAAAUUCCGAAAUACACGCUUUAUUCCUAUGCAGUGACUUCUAAUGGGGAUUCCGUGGAAGAACCUAUGGAGAUUGUGAUCACCGUGACUGAUCAGAAUGACAACAGGCCUGAGUUCACCCAGCAGAUCUUCGAGGGUUCAGUAGUCGAAGGAUCCCCUCCAGGAACCUCCGUGAUGCAAGUCACCGCCACAGAUAAGGAUGAUCCGAACACUUACAAUGCGAUGCUUGGUUACGCUAUCCUCAGCCAGGAGCCCAAACAGGAUAACCUAUUCACCAUUAACCCAGCUACCGGCGUGAUCAGUUUGCUCACCUCAGGGCUGGACAGAGAGACUAUCCCGCAGUAUACGCUGGUUGUUCAGGCUGCUGACAUGGAAGGCCAAGGCUUAAGUACAACGGCCACAGCAAUAAUAAGUGUCACCGACAGCAAUGAUAACGCACCUAUCUUCGACUCCUCAAGGUAUGUAGGGCAGGUGCGGGAGAAUGAAGUAAAUGCUGAAAUUGUGAGACUAACAGUGACAGAUGCUGAUGUCCCUAAUACCGGAGCAUGGAAAGCAGUGUACUUUGUUGAAAAUGAUAAAGAGGGUUUCUUUGUUGUCACCACUGACCCAGCAACCAAUGAAGGAAUAUUAAAAACUGCCAAGGGCUUGGACUUCGAAACCAAAAAUCAGUACACACUCCAAGUAACUGUAGUGAACCAAGAGCCAUAUGCAAUUGUCCUCCAAAACUCCACAACAACUGUCACUGUGGAUGUAAUGGAUGUGAACGAAGCUCCUGUCUUUGUGCCACCAGUCAAGAAAGUGGAAGUGCCAGAAGACUUUGCUGUCGGGCAAGAGAUUACUACCUAUGAGGCUCAGGAUCCAGACAAGUUUCUCCAACAGAAGAUAACGUAUCGCAUUUGGAGGGAUGACGCUAAAUGGCUGGAAAUCAACCCGGAAACUGGGCUUAUUUCCCCUCGGGCUAAUAUGGAUAGAGAGAAUAUUGAAUAUGUGAAGAACAACACAUACACUGCCCUUAUCGUGGCUGUUGAUAAUGGUAACCCUGCAGCCACCGGUACAGGAACCCUUCUCCUGACCCUCUUGGAUGUGAACGAUAAUGGGCCAAUACCGGACCCUCGAAAGAUGGACUUCUGUCAGCGGGACUAUCAGCCCCACACUAUUCGCAUCGUUGAUAAGGAUCUUCCUCCAAAUACCUAUCCCUUCCAGGCAGAACUUACACACGGAGCUGGUGUUAACUGGACUUUGGAAAUGAAUGAGGAAAAAAGAGACGAACUGACCUUAUUACCAAAAAAGAUGCUCGAGGUGGGGGAGUACAAGAUAAACCUCAAGCUGACAGACAACCAGAACAAGGACCAAGUCACCACUUUGGAGGUCUAUGUGUGUGAUUGUGAAGGGAUAGUCACAAACUGUAAAAGGAUUGGGCCAAUCGCUGCCAGCGGUAUGGGGGUACCAGCCAUCCUGGGAAUUCUCGGAGGAAUCCUCGCCUUGCUUAUCCUGCUGCUGUUGCUCCUCCUGUUUGUACGGAGAAGACAUGUGGUGAAAGAGCCUUUGCUACCCCCAGAAGAUGACACCCGGGAUAAUGUCUAUUACUAUGAUGAAGAGGGAGGUGGCGAAGAAGACCAGGACUUUGACUUGAGCCAGUUGCACAGGGGCCUGGAUGCUCGACCUGAAGUUACCCGUAAUGAUGUAGCCCCAACUCUCCUGACCGUUCCCCAGUACCGCCCUCGUCCAGCCAACCCAGAUGAAAUUGGCAAUUUUAUCGAUGAGAACCUAAAGGCUGCCGACAGCGACCCCACUGCCCCACCCUAUGAUUCUUUACUGGUGUUUGACUAUGAAGGAAGCGGCUCCGAAGCAGCAUCCCUCAGUUCUCUGAACUCUGAUGGCUCAGAUCAGGACCAGGACUAUGACUACUUGAACGAAUGGGGCAAUCGCUUCAAGAAGUUGGCUGACAUGUAUGGUGGUGGGGAGGAUGACUAGAGAAAAAUGUACAAGGGUGGAAGAGAGCGAGAGAGACAGAGAGAGAAAGAUUCACAGGAGCAGCAUUUCUAGUUUUUUGUUUUCUUCACUUCCCCUGAUGCCUUCCUGGGAAAGAAGUGGCAAGGUGAGAAAAUCUGCCCAUGCCUUUCAGUUGUUCACAAUAGCACUAAUACAAAUGAUGCUACUUUGCAGGGUUCGUUUUGUAUUCUAAAGUUAAUGUUUUCUUUAUCUUUUCAAAUAUAAACUUAAGAUUCUCUGGAAAGAAACUAAAGCUCUGUACUUUAGAGGAGAGGCCCCGAUUUGUUUACCCUUCAGGGCCAUGCUGGAAAUACUGCAGUUUCCUGAGUGCCCGGUCUCAUUUUAAAAUGGAGGCAGCAAGCAGCUGCAGCCCACACCCCUGCCUCCUCUUUUUUUUAAAAUUGUUGCUGCUCUUACUUGGGACUCUGGUAUCUGUUAACUGAUAUCAACUCCCACUAUGUCGCCAUCCUACUUCUAUUUCCCCUUUCCAGGCAGGAGCUCCCACAAGGGAGGGUUUAUUCCUACUUGUAGAACAAGACAUACAUCUCUUCCAGUGGUCACUUCUUUAAUGACCAAGCUAUGCUCUUGAGGCCAAAUGUGCUACUCUUUUCUAGCCUAGGUGCUUUACUUGGAAAUUUAUCUUUUCAGAGUAGGGACUACUUAGACUUUAAUCCAAAUGCCACCAAAUUAUAAUUGCCUGACCAGAGAAUUUUUUGCCAGAAAGUGCUUUUUCUUUCUUUGUCCCAACUUUUUUUUAGGAGCCACUUUUGCUAUUUUACGUAUUAGGAAAAGUAGACGUCGCACUGAUAUGUUUAGAAUGGAUCUGAGAUCUAGCAGCCAAAGACUAAAAGUAUAGCAGCCGCUGUUAGGCAGUGAAGCAAUAAACCUCUCAGGAGAGGGAACAGGAAGAGAGGAGGUUCGACAAGUCGUUAGCGCUGAGGACAACUGGGAGGUCUCAAUUUCCAGUUGGAAACUGGGGAAGAAUGCAGAAUCAGUCUAAAUCAUUUUCCUUGGGAGAUGGUAAUAUUUUGCAAGGCAUGCAACUUGAAUGACAGAUUUUUCCAAGUGCCUUCUAUUUUUGAUGGCUUAAAUUCAGCUAAUACUUGCUACCCAAAAAAUGCACGUCCUCAUAAUCUGAACUAUAUAGGUAGCUAAUGAUUCUUGUGAGGCCCAUGUCUUCAUUGAAAAAAGAAUAAAUUACUAAAAAGAAUUCUGCAAUAAAAUCUAUUGAUAUGUAAUGUUUAUGCAUGAAAGUGUGGAAGGCAAAAGUAUAUUUUGUUCAAUAUUUGCUUUACUUGUUUCCCACCCACUUUUGUAAAAAGCAAUGGUCUCUGCAAUCAUUUCUUGAAAUUGUCUUGAAUCUUCGUAUGUGUUUGCGGUCAAACUACAUUUAAUGAAUUUGAGUAGUCAUUUAGUACAAUAGUUUUGAGAGAAUGUGUGUGCAAGUCUUCAUAAUUUUGUACUGUUUGGGGGUAAUAGAGAAGCAUAAUUGAAACGGAAUUCUCUUCAAAGAUCCAUUUUUAUAAAUUUUAUUAAAGAAGUUUGUUAAACUGUU